AUGACGGACACGAUGCGUGAAGCGAUUGCCCAGUUGAUGGGCGCUCAGCGGGCAAAAGAAGAAGGCAGAGAUCUGCCUCUAUACAACCAUCAUUCGGUGUGCAGACCAUAUCUUCUAAGUUGUUGUCCGGGCGAUCUUUUGGGGGAUACAAGGUUGGAAGGGCUUGUUUCUUGUCGAAAGAUGCAUGAACCGACUCACAAAGCUGACUACGAGAAUGCUCAAGCACAGAAGGAUCAUUUCUAUGACAUAGAGCUUUACAACAUCUUGCAAGGCACAAUUCGCUUGGUGGAUGGUGAGAUUGAGAAGAUCAAGAACAAACUCGACCGAGACACGCGAGAUGCCGGAGAAAGCGCUGAAAUUGUGAAGAUGAAACGCAUUGCUGACAUUGAGGAGCAAAUCAAGUUGCUUGUUGGGGAAAUUGAAGAACUUGGCUCGCAGGGUAAAGUUGAGGAAUCAAUGCGCACCGCGAAGAAAGUCGAGGAGUUGGAACAAAAGAAAAACGAAUUGAAGAAUGAAGGAAAGAUGAACAUUCCAAUGACUUCUCAACAACGUCUUCGUGUUUGUGAUGACUGCGGUGCACAGGUAUGUGGUAUUCAAGAAGCAAAA